CAUGAGGCAAGAAUAACUUGCGGAUGGUUGGAGAGGUGAGAGGCACAACAAUGUGUGAGCUCAGUGUUUAAAUUCAAACGACCAUACAAACAGGCUUCAUUAAGACGGCUUUUUAUCGAGAGACGGUUUUAAAGAAGCGGCUGGGACUUAGCUGGUGGACCGCUUGCAUUUUACCCGCAUGCGCUGUUGCUUACUACUUCACGUUGUUACUACUUUUUGUAUUGACAGCGAUACUUCGUCACGUUGUCGACAAUUCCCACCAAUAUGAGGCUUAUGAAACGUGAAGGCGGCAUUUUUCAUCCUUGACAUGGAGCUCCCCGGUGUUUCGGCGAGUGUCUGCUUCAGUUGCAAAGUCAUUCUCUCCCAGCUUCUCUGACAUACUGUACUGUACAUAGUUUUAUGUUUAUAUCCAUGGAGUCUGUUGGGAAGUUUGAGUUCAACAGGAAAGACUUGGUUGGUCACGGUGCCUUUGCUGUUGUGUUCAAAGGCAGACACAAAGAGAAACGUGACUGGGAAGUUGCUGUAAAGUGCAUCAACAAGAAAAACUUUUCCAAAUCGCAGGCUUUGCUUGGAAAAGAAAUCAAAAUCUUAAAGGAGCUCAAACAUGAGAAUAUUGUCAGACUACUUGAUUAUCAGGAGAUGGGUGGAUGUAUUUAUCUCAUAAUGGAGUACUGCAAUGGAGGCGAUCUGGCCGAGUAUCUCCAAACCAAAGGAACACUGAGUGAGGAUACCAUCCGGGUAUUCCUGCAGCAGAUCGCUAAGGCCAUGAAAGUCCUGCAGAGCAAAGGCAUCCUCCAUAGAGACCUGAAGCCCCAGAAUAUUUUGCUCUGCCACCCAGAGGGGCGCAAGUCCAGCUCCAUAAAUACCAGCAUUAAGAUCGCUGAUUUUGGAUUUGCGCGGCACCUGCAGCUAAACACUAUGGCCGCUACACUGUGCGGCUCGCCCAUGUACAUGGCUCCCGAGGUCAUCAUGUCCCAGAACUAUGAUGCCAAGGCCGAUCUGUGGAGCAUAGGCACCAUCGUAUACCAGUGUCUGACGGGAAAGGCCCCCUUUCAUGCCAGUUCGCCACAAGAGCUCCGUCUGUUCUAUGAAAGCAACGAAACUCUGCUACCCAGCAUCCCAAAGGAGACUUCAGCUAACCUAAGACACCUGCUCCUGGGGCUUCUGCAGAGAAACCACAAGGAGCGGAUGAGCUUUGAAGAGUUUUUCCACCAUCCUUUCUUGGAGUCAAGUUCGCUGGCAAAAACAUGUUCGCCUUCUUCUGUAAUCUCCUACGCCAACACUGGAUCAGGCAGCUCUUCCUGCAGCUCCUCCACGUCUCAGCCCGCCUCGCCACAACAUUCCGACGGAGAGCUGCACCUGCCAACACAGGACACCGCCGGCUUGCAGAGCAAAGCAAAAGCCACUAAAGGCAGUAGAAGCCCACCAUCAUGUGCUGAAGAUUACGUCAUGGUGCCAGCUGAGCUGUCCAAUGUGACAUGUGAGUACACAAGUGAGCUGGAAGAUGGGUCUCCCACUGAAAUUUUCCUAGCAAUCAAUAGGAGGUAUCCACUGACCAGGAGAGGUUCUGAACCCUUGAGAAGGACACCAGUACAUCCUUCUCUUCUGCACUCUCCCAACAAGCCCGUUAGCAAUCCAGCUGCAUUAAAUGGCCGCAAAUGCAGCCCGUCUGUACCGAUUCCCGUCCCAACUCAAAUUCACAACUACCAGCGCAUGGCGCGCAAUCUGCAGCCGGUCAAUGUAAACCCGCUGCAGUGUGGACGGCGUCGAGCUUCGUGUCCAAGUGCUGUUGCCAACUUCCCAAAACUGGCAACAGGAGGAGCGCAACCAGAACAGUCUUCCCCACCAGCUGGGAUGACCCCAAAGACCUCUGAGCAGAUUUUCCCGCUCGGCACAAGAACUGGACUGCUGACUGGUUCUCCCGAUGCAGAGGUCACUCCAAGCCACAAGCAUGUUCAACCCAGAAAGCCAAACCGAACCAGGACAGUGUCAAACCUGCAAUGCCUCGAUCAAUCUCCUGCUUUCCAGAACAACAUCAGCAGGAAGCCGGCCAAUAAAAAGGGUCCCUUUAAAAGAUCCCUCAGCACCGGCAGGCUUUCCGACAUGCUGCUGAAAGCCGCCUUUGGAGCUAAUUUGUUUGAAGAAGGAUGCGAUCAGGGCUUCACCUGGGAGAUCAGCACUGAUACAGCAGCUCCACCUACUGGAUGUUAUAAAGUUUUUCAGUUUUCAGACAGCCCGCCUCCUGCAGUUUUUGCCAUGGGUUCUCCACCACAGGGAAACCUGCUCUCAUGCUCUCCCACCUACUUUAACUCCGGUUGGACACUGAACGCCUGCCCUCUCCAGCGGGGAAGCCGACGAAAAAGUGAGACUGAAGCAAUGGAUGCCAUCCCAGAGAGCGGUCUGAUUUUCCACCCUCCAGAGCUGCCUGAAGAUACACUGAUGGAGCAGGUUCAUACAGAUGCUCUGAGUGAUUUACGCUUCACUUUGGCUUUUGUCAGCUGUGUUAUGGAGUUGGCUUCCUCAAAAGGCCCAGCGCCGGAGGACUUUGGCAGUCCUGAUAUUUCCUUUUUAGAGCAGAGCAUUGUGACAGAUCAGAUCAGUCUUCUGAGCAGAGAGUGGAGCUAUGCAGAGCAGUUGGUGUUGUACAUGAAAGCUGAAGAGUUUCUGUCCUCUGCACUGCAUACUGCAAAGGAAAACAUAAAACAAGGCCAACUCCAGACCUCUUUGUCAGUCAAACAAGUGAUCAGGAAGCUCAACAACUUGUACAAGAACUGUGUGACCUAUUGUCGCUCCCUGAACGAUCGGCUUCAAACCUUCUUGCUUGACAAACAGAAGCUCAUGGACCGCUUCAAUAGCCUCACAGCAGAGAAGCUCAUCUAUGGCCACACUGUGCAUAUGAUUCAAUCUGCUGCUUUGGAUGAGAUGUUCCACCACGGUGCAGCGUCGGUGCAGCGCUACAAUAAAGCUCUUCUGCUGAUGGAGGGUCUAUCCCGAAUCCUCACAGAGCAAAAGGACAUUGACAGCAUUGAAAAAUGUAAGAAGUGCAUUGAGCGACGCCUUUCAACUUUGCAGACAUAAUGGUAUCCAUCUCCGCUCAACGUAAACGGUUCAUUCAACACAGAAGGACUUUGAUCCCAUGUCGGAGAAGCGACCACAAGAUUGUCUAAUGUUAUCCUACCAUCCCAUCUAACUGCAGCAUCACACCAAAGGAGCCAAUUUUUCAGCUUUAUGUUCUUAAACGUAUAUUGUGUGAAAGAUUUUAGGCCAUUUGUUAUUUUUAUUGUGCUUCUAUUUUUGUAGAUCAGAUGAGGAAUUUGGGCCUUUGUCUGAAGUCUUUCUUAACAUCCACGUGAGUGGGUGUAUAUUUUUGGAUGAAAUGACCAAAUAUUACGAGUGUGUAGCAAUAUUAGGAAAAUGUGCCUAUAUGUAUAUAGUGGGCAAAAUGAAUGUAACUGAAACUAAAAAGUGCUUUGUUUUAUUACUGUCAGUCCGUAAGACUAAUUUUUGCAUUGUAUUCUGAAAUGCACUACACGUCUUUUAAAAUGAGUUUUGUUGGAACAGAACAAAUCUCCUGUUUACUCAGGUAGCAAUGCAGUCAUUUACGUCGUUUUUGCAUGUAAAAUUGCGCAUGUUUGUGUGCACAUUAUUUUAUGUUUGCUGAUGUUGCUUUUUGAUGUUUGUUUGGAUGAAUACAAAUUUUGACUGGUUAUUGAAGUAGUUUUUGUCUUUUAAAGGACAUAAGAUUUUAACAAUUUAGUAUUUUGUGACGAUAUUUUAGCAGAGGAGUGGUAGAAUUUACCCAAUUACCUUUUCUAUUUUCAAGAGUGUUUGAUAAAUUUGCAAAAAAUUAGUUGUAACACUGUGUGAUGAAAAUAAAUGUCAUUUAUUAUCUAUGAUAAUAAAGGCCAUUUCUUCUUAA